AUGGGUGAAUACAACUAUGGUCAACACCAGACCCGGUCACAGGGCCCCCCUGCCUACUCAGAUAUCGAUACAGCCACAGGUGCUGAGCCCAAGCAAAGGGAGUUGUGCAGGCCCGGCCGUCUCGCCUCCAAAUGGAUUGCCGAUCUCGUCAACGGCUCCCUUGGUGAUGCUGGCAUACCAUUAUGUACACACUUCGGCUCGGCACAUCCUUCCCGCCAUGAUCUCUACCGUGUUCUGAGCCAGUCCUGUGACUCUACUGCAGCGUGGAAGGCCGGGCAGCAGGAGCAAAUACUAGCUGUCUGCAUAUGCCGAACAUGCAAGAAAACAUUCUCCAUCGUCUCGAGAUGCCCCACCGGUCGCCGGUGUGACAAGAACACCCAACGCAUGCACCAUCUGGUCUUUUGCGGCUCCUCGGACCCAACGUCAUCCUACUCCAAGCACUAUCCUGUCACCAUAAAGGCUGACUUUAUGUGUUCUGCGGUCGAUUGCGACUUGACUGUCCAUGUCGAAGUGUGCGGUCGCCGCCUGCCCGAGGCGUGGGAGCCCAGUCUGGUUGAUCGGGAGUCGGUCAGGGCAAGGCUCGAGGAGCUGCUGGAGUCCGAUGACCGUGAUAGGUACGACGACUUCAGGGCUGCAGACAAGCUCGCCAAGCUUUUCCCGGCCCAUUAUUUGUGGCAGUACUUGAGCGACGUACUCAAAUCAGGACCCGCGACCUCGGAGAAGAAAGUCUCCUAUCGUAACAAGUUCUUCACGCUCUGCUUCUGGGAUAGAUUCAAGGACCUUUUUGACUAUCUGGAGUUCGAGACCGUGGACGGAGAUGGCGACCAGUCCCUGGUAUUGCCACACCUCGACGACGCACCGUCGGGGUUGACUGACCCGACGAGCAGGAGAGGCUGGUUUGAGAUCGCACGGAUACACCUCUACUUUCUCGUGGUGGACAACCUGGACCCCAAGCUGGUUGCGCCCAUCGAGAUGCCCGUCAACCCGCAAAUAGACACCAUAAAAAUGCUCGAAGACGUUCUCGACGGCAAAUACGCCAAAUCGAAACAGUCUUUUGGCGACUACAGCCCGGCUGAUUUUGAUUUACUCGGUGUCAACAAUGAUAUCCACGAAAACAUGCUUUGGUACGCUUGUGCCUGUCAGGGCCAGACCGACCCUGUCAGAAGGGAACUCUACUUUGAGGCGCUUCGCCGUGUCAGCCAGAACAGGGAGAGCGUCAGCCCCGAGCUGAGGAAGUGGCUGGAAGGCGAGGAGCUUGCGCUGGUGAUAGUGAGAUCGGCCAGGGAAGCCCUGGCAGAUCCGCUGCAAAAGGCUUAUAGGGCACUCGAUUCGGAACAAGAUUACACCCCCGACGCCAUUCUCCAACAGUUUGACCGGAAGCUGAAGUCGGCCUCCCCGUCUGAGCGAAAGACCCAUCGGAAUAACCUGUUGCUCAUCGGCAAGAACAGGAAGGACCCUGAGAUUGUGCGCCAGGCCUGUCGUUUUGAGCCGGACGAGGCCAUGGCGUUCCUGGGGAUUCCGGAACAGGCCGAUGAGGAUGUGAUCCCUAGUUACGUACAGACCAACGUCAAUGAGGACAAAAGCAUCGAUCGCAUACUAGCAGCAGGUGCCUUGAGAUCAUUGGCCAACAAGUAUAACAACCACGCAGAGCUGGAAGAACUGGCUGCAGAGCUGAGAACGGAAGCAGGCGAGCCGUGGAUGUUGGAAGAUGACUCAAUCGAGGUUGCGCCGGGGCCCUCUUCCCAGGCUGCCUCGAGAGGUUCACUGAACGCCUCGCUCCCGGUCGGCCUGAUCAAUAUCCGCAACACCUGUUAUCUCAACAGUCUUCUUCAGUAUUUCAACACCGUCUUACCUGUACGCGACGUUGUGCUCAACUGGGAAGAUUUUAAACUGGAGCCUACCAAAGAGAACAUCGAAACCCGCCGCCUCGGAGGUAGCGGCUCAGCCCUGGACGAGGCCGAGGCUUUCCUCGCUGCGAAAUUUGUGGAGGAGAUGCGAGCCUUGUUCCUGAACCUUCAGAGUCCCUACAAGAGUGCUAUCAGGCCCCAGCAACGCCUGGCACUGGCGGCACUAAAGACUGCGGAUCAACUUGUAAAGGGAAAAUCUGCCGAUGCUUCCAAGGUGCCCAUAGGGCCUCAGCCGAAUCCCGGCGCGUCUGAUGCGGAUCUGCCUCCUCCGCCCCCUCUGCCCGCUAGGCCUUCACCCAAGCCGCCUUCCCAGGCGACUCAGCCCACUGUUACAAUCAACCCGGUGCUGGAGCACGCCGACACCGCUAGCAACGUCAGCUCUUCAACCUUGGUCGACCUGAGAGAUGAAGAUGCCGACCAGACUUAUGUCACCAUAUCUCAGAAUCCAACUGCUGACAAAGAGAUACCCCAGGUCGUGCCCGCCAAGCAGAGGGUUGCGCUCGAGGAUGAAGACAAGGAGCAAGCAGUCGGUCAACAGGAGGUCGGGCGCGGCCGAUCUAUGGAUCGGGAGCAGGAUCUCUCAGGUGCGACUGGUGCUAAGAAUGGUAGCGCGGAUGAGAAUGCGGCAGCGCCUGUGACAGAAGCCAACCUAGAGCGGGCGCUCACGGUGGAAGAGAAGAUCACCGAUGCUCUCAACGAUGUCAGUGUUACUGGAACCGAACAACAGGACGUCGAAGAGGUCAUGGGCAACAUACUCGAGCACCUUCAUGCCGCUAUCAAGCCGACUGGCACAGACGAGCACACCGGAAAGCAGACGGACAUCAUAACGGAAACAUUUUACUGGUCCAGCGUCAAGAAGAUCCGCACCAUUGACAUGGACACGGGCAAGCCCAAGUCCGAGUUCAGGUCUGUGUCUGAUCUCUCCAGGUGGAUGACCGCGUUUCCGGCCAAGGAAGGGAAGAUCGAUCUCUACAAGGCACUUGACAGCAACUUUGAUCAGGAAUUCCAAGAGGAUGGCCAUGAGACGUACUCUUCUAUCACGCGGGCGUCUCCAAUCCUGCACGUCUACAUUCAGAGGAGCCAAAACGUGGACGGCAAGCUCAGCAGGAACAACAAUGUUGUCGAGAUACCCGAGACGCUGUACCUGGAUCGUUACUUGGACAGAGACGUUGAUUCGGAUGUGUUCAAGAAGAGGCAGCGCAGCUGGCAGCUGAAGCGUCGCCUCGAAGCACUGGAACGUCCAUCGCAGCUUGAACGCAUUGGGCCGAAGUCCGGGGAUGCCAAGGACAACGUCAAAGAGGCAGGUUAUGAGGUUGUCGAUGCGAGUGACGCAGUGGUUGACAAGUUCGAGAGGGACAUGAUGACAGUCGAGGACGAGGACUACGUGUCUAUCCUGACCCCCGAACUCGAGCAGAUGUUCAUCAGUCAGGGCAAGCUCCCCGGUCCCUCCCAAUCACAGAAGGACGAUGUCUCCAUGGGCGGCACAACUGCGGGCUCAUUGUUCGACCUCAGCUCGGAUGCUCGCCGCCACCUUCAUGAAUUCAACGAGGACAGCAAGGAGCGCGACCGCAAAGAGCUAUCUGCCUUGUUUGCCGACAUGACAGAUGUCGCUUACCGCCUUCAUGCAGUCAUCUGCCACGGCGGCGGCCUGGGCUCGGGUCACUACUGGGUCUGGAUUUACGACUUCGACAAGAACAUAUGGCGCAGUUACAACGACGAGAGGGUUGAAGUCCAUGUCAACAAGGACAAGGUCCUGGCCGACUUGAACAGUGGGGCCAGCCCUUACUAUGUGGCCUACGUACGUGAGGACCAGGUCGACCGACUGGUCAGGAUUCCGGCGCGACUCAAUGCUCCGUCUGCCGAGCAGGCUGCCACCGCUGCCGACGAGAUCAUCCAGAACCUCGAUGUCGACAUGCAGGACGCGGCAGAGGUGCCACAUGUAGAACAUCACGAGUAG